GCAGAGGGGCAGAGGGGCAGAGGGGCAGUGCCACACGCGGCCCCGUGGCUGGGGCUCAUCUCAGCAGACAGGACCAAGCCCUGUGCUCAGCAUCCCGGCUCCCUGCCGUGUUCCCGUGCUUUCCCUGGGAUGUGGGCACUGCAUCCCAUCCCCUGCUGCGCCCAUCGGUGGCGGCGCCCCGGGGUGAGGCUGGGCUGCGCAGCGCCCGGUAAUUGCCGUGUGUGUGUGGCUGGAGGCAGCAGCUGGAUCGCUUUUGUUUCCUCACAGCAUGUCAGUCUUCAUUACACCAGAGAGGAAUGAAAAUGGAUUCACUUUUGUCCCAGCCAGAAUGUGGCAGCUGUUUAAUUUCAAUUAACGUGGCACUGAAAAGAAUAACAUUGCGGCAGUAAUUAAAGUGAGACAGCUCCAACCCCAGUGCUGCUCAGCAUGCGGUGCCGGCUCACCCAAUGGAGCCACUGCUCCAGCCCCGCGUUCUCCCGGCAGCAGGCAAGGAGGGCAGGCAGCCUGGCACGGCUCGGCACGGCUCGGCAGUGCAGUGCUGCUGGGAAAUGCUGUUCCUUAAGCACUGGCAGAAAGCAAGGCUCAAUUCGGCGCAGCAGUUCUGCACAACAGUGCCAGUUCCCAGCUAAAGCACCUCUCAUGGAACUGCAGAGUGUGGAGUGGGCAUGGCAGGAGGGACCGGGAGCUCAUCUGUACCAGGUCAGCUCCUUCCCACAGCCACAGGCACCUCACCAACCCCGGAGCCCCUGGGCAGCAUUAGGGCUGUGCUCAGCCCUCUCGGACCCAUUUUCCCCAGCGGCUCUGCCAGACCCCCGUGCUGUGGGCAAUGUGCUGCUGGGGCUGCUGGGCCCAACCUGUGCAGGUACCACAGCUCACGUGGCAGAGGGAUCAGUGCUGUGUUUUUUCCCACUAUUGAUCUGGUGCUUUAAAAGUGGGAAAAAAAUCUCCCUGGCUGUCUAAACACUAUUGAUCCAUGCUGGGAAGCCGCACAGACAGGGAAGGGCGUGGAGAAAUUGAAAUUUAAUUUCCAACAACUUGUUCCUGUUACUUUUACCUUUUUGGACAGAAACACGGAGCAGCCGCCGCCGUGGAUGCGAUUGAUCCCUCGAUCCUCUGUCAGCACUGAGCAGCUCUGCCAGGACGCAGCCCAGGGCAUGGCACCAACACAGCCCUGCUCUGCACCUCGGCACAGGGAUGGCACAGAGACGUGACGGUGUGAACACGAGAGCAGCACGAAGCUGCCAGAAGGUUCCGCCCCUGCCAGCACCGGGCACAGUGGUACCAGGAGCAGUUUGCUGUGCUACAGCCUGGCCGGGCACAGUGUCACUGGGUUCUGGUUCCAGGCAUUGUCCUCAGAACCAGCCCAGGGCCGGGCUGCAGUGAGAAGUGUGCCAUGCCGUGCUGGGGAUGCAGUGUGCACAAGGGGGAGUGUGGCGUAGGGAGGUGAGAGCUGCUGGCACUGCUGGGCCCUGACCCCUGGGGAGUAGGGACUGAUGCUGCUGGGGUCGGGUGAGCCCCGUGUGCCCCCAGCCUGGCGGAGCUGCUGCACUUCACAGGGAGCGGGUGCUCCUGGGACUUGUUGCAGCACCGAUGGUGUGAGCAGGGCUGGGUGAUGUCCCUGGCUGCCCCCUGCCACGGGACCCAGGGCUGUCUGUGGUUGUCUUGCCCCAUGUUCUGGUCUAUCCAGCAGAGAGAAUGUGACCAGAAUAUGGCACGUGCAGUGAUGUUCCCACAGUGAGGUGCCAGCCUAGCGAGACCCAGGGAGGGUGGCAAGGGGCAGAGGCGUCCAUGGCAGAGCUGAGCAGCCCCACCCCGCAGCAGCAGCAGGAGGUGGAGUCCUGUUGGUGCCAGGGCCAGAAAGAAGCAGCAGUGCUGGAGCCACAACAUGGAGGGGCUCAGACACGCUGGGACUCACAGCAGCAGGACACACCAGCCUUCCUACAGACUCUGCAGGAGGACUUGGACACGUGCAGGCACCUGACCCACGUGUGGCUGGCCCAGCUGCAGCUGCAGCAGCGUGUGGUGGAGCAGAAGCACCAGAACCUGAUCUCCACGAAGCUUCAGCACCAGGCAAUGAUGGAGCAGGAGCAGGACACAGCUGGGAUAGAAGCCACCUCUGCAGAUUCCUGCAGUAGUUCCAGUGCCAGCGAUGAUCUCCUGGAGGAGCACACAGAGCAACUCGUAAAGCUGUCCGUGCAAGCAGGAUCAAAGCACCAGAGGCAGAUGUGUGCAAAUAAGGAGCAUCAGUGCUGGGCACAGGACACGUCAUCAACAGGGCACAGCUCUGCUAAGGAAGGGCUGCGUCCUGCUCCUCUCCUCUCAGAAGCCCAGGGCAGGAGGAGGCAGUGCCAGCAAGCAGCCCAGGGCCCAGCACAGUCACUGGCAGCACAGAGCUGCGCACAGCACAAGGAGGAAAAGCUGCAGCCACGUGCAGGGAGCAGCACACAGUGCAGGGAGGAACAGCCACGCUGUUGUGCAAGGAGCAGCACGCAGCACCCAGCUGGCAGCAGCACAGCGGAACCACGAGCACUGCAGGAGGUGGCAGGAAGCAGUUGUGGCCAUGCUUGCAGGGAGCUGGCAGUGUGGCUCCAGAUGGAGCUGAGACAGUGGCAGCAGGAGCAGCAGGUGACUCUGGAGCAGUCACUGCAGCACAUGCACGCUGCUACCCACGCCAAACAGGAACUACAGAAGAGCCAAAGGCAACUCCUUGCCCUGGAGGAGCAGCUGAGGGCUCAGAAGGAGCAAAACCGGACCCUGCAGCGCAGCCUGGCACAACAGCAAGAGGUGCUGUCAGCCACCAUGGCCCAGGAGAUGCAAAACUUGCAGCAGCUCAGUAGACACAGGCAGACAAUCCAUGACCUGCAGCAGAAAGAAACCUCCAGCAGAAAGCACGUGUCAGAGCUGCUGCAACAGGUAGAGGAAGUGGCAUCCCUGAAGGCAGAGCUGGCCCGAGUCCAGAGAAAGAUGAGCCACAACCUUCCUCUGCUUUCUCGCUAUGAGGAAGAGAGGCAGCAGCUCCACAGAGAACUGAAGAAGCAACAGAGGGCGCAGGAGCAGAGCCAGCAGGAGGCCCGCUCCAACCAGGAUAAGCUGCAGCAGCUGAGCAGCAGAGUUCAGUACUGGCAGCAGUUACAGCAGGACACUCAGAGGACUCUGGCUCGGCGGGAAGAGGAGCUGUCUGUGUGCAAGGCAGAGCUGGCUCUCAAGGAAGAGCUCAUCAAGGCCAUGAAACAGGCUCAGGCCAGGAACAGGAAGAACAGCCCAAGGGCAGGAGUGCAACCCGAACACCAGGCACCGCUGAAGGACAGAGCCUGGCCUAAAGGCAGGGCAGAGGUGGAAAGGCUGGGCGAGGAGUGGGCAAACAGCAGAGCCAAGGCCAACAAGGGAGGAGGCGGUGGGUCUGUAGAAACCCUGUAUGCUUCCUACAGCUCAGUCUGCUCUAAUAGCAGUAGGCUGCACCAGGACAGGAAUCUGAUGCUGGUCAAUAACAGCCAGAGUUUGAAAGAGCAGAUGCAGUCAAUUGAGAAACAACGACACAAGCUGCAGCAGCAAGUCAAGCAGGCUGCAGAGCUUACAGGCGAAAACCAACAUCUUCAAGACAAACUGGAUAGCUUGCACAUGGAAAACACAUACCGCAGGGCUCAAACACAUGUACAGUACUACAAUCAUGAGCAGAUGAAGGCUUUACAGGGCAGCAACCUGACUGCACGAGCCCUGAAGAACUUGGCAGGGCUGUCUCUGCCUGGAACUCACCAGGAUGAGAAGUGAAACAAAGCAAUGGAAGGGUUAAAGAC